AUGGCGGACAUCCUUAGCAACCACCUACAGUAUCGUCUCUUCAUCAUACACCCUGAUAGAGGAAAAUAUGCGUUUGUAUUCACUAUUUUCUCACAGCCAGAUCUCAUCAACGAUAACAGAAUCAUACGCCAUAUGGAUCCAUCAGUCAUAAAUAAAUUGUCCUUGAUAUGUAUCAUCAAACUGCUCACGAGGACAGUGAAUCAAGCGAAACCACAAGGAUGGCAUGGAGCAAGUUCGUCUAAUAGGGAACGUUCCGGUGACAGUGGAAGUGAGGAAGGAAAAGAAAGCAUUUCAACUGCAGCGACUGACAACGUAGAAAGAGUACGACAUCUCCGUCGGGAAUGUCAAAAUAAUAAUUUUUCGGAUGGAACUAAACUGGACCACCUACGAUAUUUGAUUGUUGACGAAAAAUACAAAAUGGAAGGAAAAGAAGGAAUUCCAACAGCAGAAAUUGAUAACAUGGAAAGAGUUCAACAUCUUCACCGGGAAUGUAAACAUCAUCAUUUUGGGGAUGAAACGAAACUUGGCCACCUACAAAAUUUUAUUGUUGACGAAAAAUACAAACUGGUAUUUUGCUAUAUUCCUAAAAUUGCCUGUUCACAAUGGAAAACUAUUUUCAUAACACUAACGGGAAAAGUCAACGCCAGUGUGUUGGAUUUUGGAAAUGUUCACAAAAAGUAUCAUUCCAAAAUGAAUUUUUUAAGUGGAUAUUCUUUGAGAGAACGAAAAUUUAUUCUUGAGAAAUAUAAGAAAUACGUUGUUGUAAGAAAUCCGUUUGAAAGGCUUCUUUCAGCUUACAGAAAUAAGUUUGUAGGUAACGGAUUUAGUGAAUUCCGAGAAGUAGGUCAAGAAAUUAUAAAAAGGUUUAGGAAAAAUGCAACUCUAGAAUCACUCAAAAAAGGAGAUGACGUUACGUUUCUCGAAUUUGUGCAGUUCCUUACGGACGAAGAAACAAAGUAUUUCGACGAUCACUGGAAAACGUACACGGCUAUCUGCCAUCCGUGCCAUGUUCAGUAUGACUUUAUUGGAAAAUACGAGACCAUAAGUAGAGAUGCUGAUUUUAUUUUAAGGGACAUUGGAGCACCCCCUGAAAUAAGAUUUCCUAAAAGGUCGGAAAAAUAUAGUACUCUAGAAACAUUGAAAACAUUUGAGACGUUUUAUUCACAGAUUCCAGGUGAAUAUAUCGCAAAAUUAUAUAAUAACUAUGAGGCUGAUUUUGAAUUAUUUGGGUAUUCGUUAUCAGAUAACUUUAAAGUUAUUCCAAACACUUAA